UCUGAGCGACGAAAUCGCGAGCCGUUUCAUCGCAGCAGCAAGCCCGGUGAAACCAUCAAGAUUACCGGCCGCGGCGGUUGCGCCAAGUACUGUGGUACAGCUCCAUCACCCGGCAACAUUUCAUUCUCCAGUUUUCGUCAGUCCUUCACCUCCAAUGUUAACUACUUGAAACGGAGGUUCUCAUCAGGGGAUCUAAGCUCGGAGCUCGACGAUGAGCCCAGCGCGGAUCCUGGGCUGGCCACCGUGGGCCGGCAGGACUCGUCUCAGCCGUAUCAAGCGGUGCCGGAUCGACCCCUGCAAUCCCAGCCGGGUCCGAUACCGCCACCGUCUCAACCGCCAAUUCCGGGUGCACCACCUUCCGGUCCGCCGCAACCCAUCGGCGGCGAUCUCAGUCUCAACCUGAGACCUGGCUCGCGGACCACCAGCGCACCAUCCUCGCCGGCGAAGACGCGGGAGAGUCUGCUCCAGCGGGUGCAGAGUUUGACCGGCGCCGCACGUGACCAGGGCGCUUCUAUUCUGGGAGCGGCGGUGUCUGGCGCGACCAGAGGCCCUUCAUAUAGCAAAGACCGAUGUUUCACUCUGCUGGUGAUCGACGAUCAGAACACCGACUGGAGCAAGUACUUCCGGGGACGCAGGCUGCACGGCGAUUAUGAGAUCCGAGUGGAGCAAGCGGAAUUUCGAGAACUGUCCCUCACGGCGAGCGAGACGGGCACCAUUGUGUCUAUGGCUGUCUAUCGUAACGGGACCAAAGUCAUUCGAUCCUUCAAACCUGAUUUCGUAUUGAUACGUCAGAAUCUGCGGGAUGCUGGGGAAGAUUACAAGAACCUUCUUCUCGGUCUGAUGUACGGUGGCGUACCUAGUGUUAACAAUCUUACCGCAAUUUACAAUUUCCAGGACAAACCUUGGGUAUUUGCACACCUGCUGGCACUGCAACGUCGUUUGGGCAAAGACCACUUCCCCUUGAUUGAACAGAGUUAUUACCCCAAUCAUCGCGAAAUGGUAAGCGCAUCUCGAUAUCCCGUCGUGGUGAAACUGGGCCACGCCCACGGCGGAACCGGCAAGGCCCGUGCAGAAACAAAUCAAGAAUUUCUAGAUCUCGCUUCACUGGCUGCCAUGGCGAACACUUAUUGCACUGCGGAACCUUACAUCGACACCAAGUACGACGUACACGUGCAAAAAAUCGGAAAUAAUUACAAAGGUUUCAUGCGGAAAAGUAUAAGCGGCAGCUGGAAGUCAAACACCGGCUCGGCUAUGCUGGAGCAGCUCACCGUGAGCGAGCGACAUCGCACAUGGGUCGACCAAGUGUCGCAAUUAUUCGGAGGACUGGAUAUCUGCGCGAUCGAACUGCUGGUGGGCAAGGAUGGCCGCGAGCACAUAAUCGAAGUGAACGACAGCGCGCUAUCUUUAAUGGGUGACUCUCAGGAGGAGGAUCGACGUCACAUCGCGGACUUGGUCACCUCGAAGAUGCAGGUUUACUGCCGGCCCCCGAGUAUGUUGACGAAGACCGCCUCGCGAGGCUCGAUGUCGGGCUCUAGUCAGGUAGGCAGCCCGGUAGAAGAUCGAACUACACCUGCAACAGCAGCCUUGGGAUCCCACGGAAGCAUGGGCUCCAUGGCCAGUAUAGGGAGCUUAGGUUCCGUGGGUUCCACUGCACCGAUGCAGAGCGAUGUCACCGCUUCGGACAGUCAUCAGCAAUUGCAGCGACGUGACUCUCAAGCUUCUCAAUCGAGCACCGUGAGUAGCGCGCCGUCCGUCAGUCGCCGCUCCGAAGAACCGCCGACGUCCAGGAUGCCGUUCCAUCGACAAGGCAGCCAAUCGCAUGCCCCGGGCGAGGACAGCGAGGAUACGAUGAAGAAUCUGCGAAAGACCUUCGCAGGCAUCUUUGGAGACAUGUAGAGCACAAGAUACGGCCGACGUAGCGAGAGCGUAGACAUCGAACGCUCUCGUGGCGAGGUAGCUAAUGAUAAUACGUCGGCUACGAUGACACGAACUCACGAGAUCCUUCGGAGGUCCCUAAGCAUGUUCCACGACUGAAAUUCGAACUUGUCUCACCCGAUGCGCCGAUCGUGCGGAAGCUGACGCGGAGCGUGUAGAUAUCUAUAUAUUUGCAGAUUGUCGUAGGAAACCCUCGCGGAACUGCAUGCCACGCGAACCGCACCACAACCCCACGAAUAGUAAUCGAAAAUUAUCUGGGAACGAGAGCUCUCGCUCUCGCUUCGAAUGAAGCGAGGGAACGAGCUGGCAAUGAUUAUGUAUGCUUAAGUACGUUUGAGGGAAAGCUUGAAGAUGAAGAAUGCCGCGUUCAUCGUUUUGAUAAGUUAACGUGUAAGGUAGCGAGAUAGGUCCUGUAUAUUGAGAGAAUCGUGGUCGUGUGCGUGUGUAUACGUGAAGAGUAAAGUAGGUUCUAUGUAAUCCGUGUAUUGGCCAGCGAAAUAAAAGUUAGGCAGAUUCAGUAGCGAAAGUGGCAACUUAUUUGAUAUCAGCUUGGUGUCUGUUGAAUUGCUACCGCGAUAUCCAACGAAUACAUUUGCGUAAUCAUCACGUAAGCGCGCUUUUCACGCAUAUCAAAGCAAGAGUCUAAGCUCCGUAGGCCCCAGGCAUCUCCUCAACCGGUUUUACUUCGAGCACCCACUUUUAGGCUUAACGUUUGGAUCGUCGUGUGUCAUAUUGUCAUUAUAAGGGAAAAGGCAUUGCGAGAUGGAAAUUAAGGCAGGCAACGGGCGUCUUUCGGGCGAUCUCGCAGUGUUUGUAAAAAUAUAUUCGUACGCCUAUAACGUCAUUCGAGAUGAUCGAUGACGGCAAAAACUAAAGAGGAGACUCGGGCAUUAUUCUGAACAUUUGGCUAACCGAGCGGCAGUUACUAUACUGCAAGCGGUCGUUUGGUUUCAUCCUGGACUUAACAGGUCGGAAAGACGAAUGUGUAGUUGUUGUCUCUACUUUUAAGCGCACAAGUAGUUGUUAAGGUAACCAGAGUUGGACGAGGUUUCACGGUACAACGGGCGAGACAUCGAGCCUUUGACAUCCGCAUACGCGAGUUCAUUACACCGAUGAUAUGUCGCGCGAAUUAAUCGAUCAGUUAACCGACCAACAUGUCCGGCGAUCGGAUACAUUGGUGGCGUUAAUUCGCGCGGCACUCUAGAGUUUCUCGCGAGGAUGUCUCGCGCGUGGAUUUUCCGAUGAAAGUUCGUCGUGUGUUCCGAGAGCGACGGCACUCCCUUUUCUUAAAUUUUCGCACAGCGCGAGUUGUCGUUGAUGCUGCACGUACGACCGCGCUAUAGGUGGAAAAUUCACGAAAACUCGGUCGUUGGAGCUUAGCAUUAUGGAGCUAUGUAAGUGGUGGCAUAAGUCAUGGAUCUUUGCGCGAGGAACGGAAGGAUCAGUCGAAAAGUAAUUUGCGAACGCUUCAUGACGGGAACGGGCGUUGAUACUUCGACAUGCGAUCGCAUGCAACGCGGAACAGGAUAAUCCCGGUACAUAGAUCUGCAAAUAUAUACAUAUACGCAUACAUAUGUGCAAACACAAGCGGAACGUAGCACCGGCGAAGUAUUAGUUAAAUGUAGCUGAGACUAUGCGGAGCGCAGCACGGAGAGGAGUAGUUUACUCAUCGGAGAUGAUCGGACUUAACUUCACGUAUUAGGACUAACGGAGAGAGAUCAGGAUAGAUAAACGGCCGUGGCCUCAGCUCUGAAAGAAGGAAGAGUCACGUUAGAAAACGCGAUAAGAGCCGAGAAUCUACACUCCGCUGACGCGAUCGGUCGCUAGACGCGAUAAAUGUCCGCAAUUCACAAAUAUCGAUCGAUGUGUAAUCAAUUGACAGAAAUAAAGAAGAGGAUGUGAAAACUCGAUUCAUGACCGAGAAAGAGGGCGAAGUGCAAAUUUAUUUGAAAGUAUAAAACCUUGUUUGAGAAAAAUUGUUCUCUGCGCGAAGCAGGUAUCUUAUAUAUAUCGUAACGAUUUUGCCACAUCUAACUUUCGCGGUUCUUCGGCUGCACAGAUAAUAAAUAAUUGACGGUUUGAUUUUCAUGUGCCUUGACACUAAAGUGUCCUUCGUGUAUCACGUUGCUCGCGACACGAUUAAAAAGUUAAUAAUGAUAAUUCUCUCGUAAGUCACGACGACACUGAUCAAUUUGCGACGACCAGAUAGAUACACACACGGCAUUUUGAGCGAGCAAUUGCACUCUAUCGCGUGAUCUAUUGUUUGUACUUUUUAUAAACCGUGAUCUCAUUGCAUUUGUACAUUCGCACCGGGCACGCUGUUUCUUCAUUGAUAUUCAUCGCGGCGGAGGAACGCACCGUCCAACCUUACAUUCAUUGCAACAUCCACGCGAAUCUUCGGAAUCGACGAAUACCUUACAUAAAUAAGUACUUAUGUAAUAUGUAAUAAUUUUCGCGGGGAUGAUAAUCGCGAACGGAUUUUAAUUCUGCAACUGUCUUCCAUGCGUUGCGAACCGACUGUUUCCAGCAGCAGAUCUCAUCGUGUAUAAGUAAAACAGCAUUGUUCACUUCUUUAAUGCACAAUCUUUCAAAUAUUCGAUACAAUUAUAUUUCCAUAAUUGUAUUCUUGAAAGUAUCUAGAUGUCACAUCACUGAAAUUAUUUCUUUCAAUUUUUCUUCAUGCUAGAAAAAUUAUCUUAAGUUUAGCGAACUUUAUGGUAAGAAAAGAGAUUUGUGCGAUUAAAUAAGAACGCAAAGAUCGCAAGAUAAUAAUUCAUGUACUUAAAACUGAUCUCCGAUUCUGUGUUCAGAGCUGACGCCACAGUACGGAGGAGAGCAAUCAAAUAAUCAUAAAUCACACCAUUGCGCGGAGGUCAAUCGAUCAGCACUAGGUGCGUAGAGGCGGUUAUAGGUGAAGAAUAUCUCAGGGGUGCGAGUCUAAGCACUAGAUAAAUUAGAAACUAGAAGGGGCACGCGUGGCCACGUGUCUCAGCCUAGUCAAAAUCAUCGACGUCGACUGCAGUCGGUAGAACGGAUAGAAUUAGGAUUCGCUUCGGAGGAAUCCUUGUGACUGUGAUUCGCGGGAUUGUCUGUAGGAAAAAGAACUUCACACGCGCAUUUUGUUCGACUGAUCGUUUUUCCAGAAAAUUUUUACAUCAAACAAUUAUAUUAUUAGUGUCCUCUCCUCUUUCAAUAGCUUUCAACAUUUUCUGAUUUAAUCAUUGAAAGCGUUAACGAUUUAACGACGUUGAAAGUACUAAUUUAAUGCAAAUGUUUUAAUUCUUUACUGCUUGCAGUACACUUUCGAAGAUAUCGUUUUAAUGUGACAUACGCACGAAAAGGAAGCUGCAGGCUUCGUUCACAACUGUUCACAAAGCGAUCGCUCGAACGAUUGCGCGUCGAUCUUGACUAAAUGAUGAUACUACAGCGUCGUAGGGCGUUUCGUUGCUUGGAUCGUAUAACUUAUCUCAUAUAGCGUUAUCCGGUGACACGCGUUUAGUUACAGUGGCCGCGUGAUGUCAUGAACAGCAGCCAAUUUUCAUUUCCAUAUCGAACGCACCAAUCGCACCGUAGCUUAAAUAACAAUGCACCCAGCAAUAUCCGUACAUAUUAGCACGGUAACCAUAUCGCGUCUUCAACUUUCUAGGAUACUUCGUGUUGCUGCAUAUUCAUCUCUGCGCCCACGAGUAAUCGAUAUCAAAUAACAAAUAUCGCACAUUUCCCCCUGCCGCACGUGAAGUCGGUCUCAGCGAUCUCGCAUAUACGUAUGUGAUAUACGUAUGUGUGUGUAUAUGUACGACACAUAUACUAUGUUUCACAUAAAAUCGCGUUAAUGAGAAUCCAAGCGUGUAAUCCCACUUAUUUCUACUAAUCUCCGGCGCACGUCAGCCGCUUUGACAUUUAUCUUCGCGACGUGUCGCGACGUUGUUCUUGCAGGAUCUUCACAGUACUACGGUUGCAUCCGUAGUCUUUCAAGCAGUGCGAAAUUCCUCUGCAAAAUUAAGAAAGAAAAUUAAUUGUAGCAGAGGAAGUUUUUCUUGAUAAUAAUUUUCGCAGGGAUGAUAAUCCCCGUAGAGCUGCGACAACGCAUGUACAACGCCGUAUCAAAAACUCGUUGAUGCAUCUCUCUUUUUAGCUGUAAAUUAGCAAUAUCUUAUCACGACAUCGAUCGUUAUGCAUUGCAUCGGGAUGCAGUUGUGAACGACUUGCUGCAGCUUGUUGGGUCGCGGUCCCUCCUUUCUUUUCGAGGGAACGCGAGCUUACCGACGCACCAUAAGUCUCUCCGCAAUCUCGACGAUCCUCCGAUUAUCGCGAGAGGAUCGUACAAUAAGUUAUGAUUCGCGCGCGUGUUUUGCGCGCAUCUAUAUUGCGUAACGUUCUUAUAUAUACAUAUACACAUAUACGUAUCCCUUUACUGUGCUUUCUGAGCAUUCGUCGCUGUACAUCGAGGAGAAAUCUUUUACGUACAUAUCAUCUUGGCGGCGAUGACCGCUGAACUUCACAGUGCCUCCUUUCCUUUACUUCCGUUUGCUUCAGUCCAGCAGUAGUGGCAUGGGGUCGUUGCGAUCCCCUAGCAUUUUCCCCACCUUCUUCCUUCCAAGGAAUAUUAGAGAGUAUACAUAGCUAGAUAAAUGUAUAUUAAAUCUAUAUAAUCGAUAUAUGUUAUUACAUAUAUCGCGAGUUGCUACAUGCAUAAUGUCUUAAGAUUAACGAAGAUAUCGUUGCUAAUUAUAGGAAAAGAAUUCUCUGUCGAUCGAUGCAGAUCAAAUUCUUCUCUGAGACUAUUCUCUCAUAAUGUUAGUUAAUCUUGUAGUAAAAACCUUAUAGUAAAAAAGAUACUUGGUCGAAUUUCACUUUAACUAAGAUUUGUAAGAACGGUUCACUUAGUGACGUGUCGUGCAAAACUCCAUGCGACUACUGCAACGUUAAUGAUCAAGGAUUUCAAAUUGUCUUGUGUUGAAAAGGUGGAGAUCUCGAUUCACCUGAGAAAAUCGAGAAACAAUCGUACUUUCUUGUUAUCUCGCAUUUCGUUCGAAGCUAUCUUUUGCAAAUACGUUAGCGCUUGAUUAACGUUAACUAAAUUAUGGCCGCCUGAAACACCAAAGUCUUCACUUUUCUAAGUGCACAACGAAAGCGCGGAAAGUACUUCCAGCGGCUUUUAUCUUGGUUUUACGUACUUGAGCUGUGGCAGGCCAAUAGAGGAUAGAGUACGCAUCUUCGAUUUACCCCCGAUUACACGACGGCUCGUCUCUCAAUAAAAUACUCAGUACGUAUCUCUGUGUAACGAACUUAAUGUUAAACUCGGACGGUAACUUGAGGCAAGAAAAAUAACGAUAAUAGCAGUAGACGUGUGGGCGCGACGAGUAUAUACGUCGCGACCCAGCACCGUGCGUUACCUCCUUGAUUUCAAUGCGUGCUAGCCACAUUGUACGAUAUCUACUCAUACACACAUGCAUACGUGUAUACGUACACGUAUACACAUAUAUACACACGCGCGCGCGCGCAUACCCAAAUUUACACACAGAAAUUAAAUCAUAUCGUUAAGCUACGCAACGUAAGUAAUAUUACCGUACGAUAUGAUGUUGAUGUCAUUUAAUCCGCGCCGAGGGAAAUAAGAUACAUGGAGAGAAUAUUCAUCGCGUAGUUAAGAGACUUCAGGAGAAGACACAGGUCUAACUAAUUUACGUAGUUUCGUUAGGAAUCCUAAUGGAAUUAACAUAAUCGAUCGAAGCGUUGAAUUAUGCAAGAUAUAUAGCACGUGUGUAAUCCAAAAAGCAAAUUCGUAGAUUAGUGCGACGAGCGCCGAGACGAGAAGGGCGGUCGCGAUCAUCGCGCUUUCUCGAGCGGAAUGAUCCUCACUGUGAUCGCGCCGAUCAUGCUUCCGAGGAGAGAGAGAAAGGAAGAGAAUCGAAACGUGACGCUUCGAUGCCCACACGAAUGGACCACCCACGUGGGAGAAAGGGUUGAAUCGAGGCCCACGAUCGACUUGUCGGCCGCCACGUGUUCGGAAACUGCCGUGACUCUCGAAUCGGCUGACAUUCACGCGGCGCUCGACGUUUCGACGAGCCUUGAAUCGAGGCUGAAUACCGGCGGUGAUGACUCCUGACAUUACUGCGCGCGGGAUUCAAUCGCGAUCCGCGAAAAAGAAAUGACGGAGUCGUAAUGGACGAUGACGGUACGAAGGGGAUGAUUCGCUACGGUUCGCAGUAGUUACGAGAUGGAAAAAUGCAAGGUGUGUCGGUUCGGGGAUGAUCCGAAUUGCCGCGGUCUUCUCGCAAUUUGACCCAGUUGUAGAAACUCGAUUAUAUCGAUGAAAAGCGGAUAUUUUGGGACAGAUUCGAUAAUGUCGCAAUUGUUACAGUUUGUUGUUUCCUAUAGCUUGUAUAUCUUUUACGAAACGUCGUGGUUUAGAUUUAACAACAUCAAAGAUCGAUCAGAUUCUUAAUUUUCCACUAACAAUACAAAAGCUAAGUAUCAGUGUAAAAUUUUUAUCGCGAGAGAUUGAGAUUUACUGAAUUGUUACGGUAUGAAAUAAUUGGAUUCAAUUGGACGUGAUUUUAUAAGAAAGAUUCCUUGAAGAUCGAUCUUCUGAUCUCAGAGAGCAAGAUCGAGAGGGACGCAGAUCGGUCAGAGCACAGCUGGAGAAAUCGCGAGCGACGCGGCAGCACGCGAGUCGGCGCGUUCCUUUUUAAUGAUAAACUCUUAACGGUACUUAAGAUCGUAAGCAUAUUUUUAGUGAUCGCUCUGAGAGGACAACGAAUCUCAACGGAAUGAAUUCUGUACGAGUAGUGGAAGCGAACAGAAAGCCAGAAAGAAAUCUAAGAAGGACGAUUAUAUAGAGCAACGUCCGAGUAAUGAAUCGCGCGCGCCCGCGUAGAUUGGUGCGCGCUAGUUAACAUUUAUCGUACGAUGGAAAAUCUGUAUAAGUAAGUACGGAAGUAAGUGCGACGAGGAAGGAUUAAAUCACACGCACACACAAUAUAUAGGCACGCGCGCGCAUCCAUACACACGCACCCACAUAAAAUGCGAGUUCUAUCUGUCAUCGUUAAUUACUAAAUCAUCGGAGUUCAAACGAGCUCUAAUGUUAAACGAGUCAAACGUAAGAGUAUAAGUUUAUAGCCUGUAGGAAGUACGCGAGGGAGUGUAGUACAAUAUUAACGAGAACGUGUAUAAAUAUAUAUGAAGAGUAUAUAUAUAAAUGAUAUAAAUAUAAAUAUAUAUAAAUUAAUAAAGACGGAUAUAUAUAAAUGCAGACGCAUAUAUAUACCUAUAAAUACAAACAUGUAAUUAUUCCCAUGAUAUGCAGCGUUAAUCGUUGGAUGCACGUUGAGAUGCUCGUUGUGAUCGAGCUCAUCAUUUGUGAACUGAAGAUCGAUAGCGGCUUGAAAUUUCAUUUCUAAACGUUGCGAGUAGUUACAAUGAUUCUGAAGAAAUAAGAGAGAAUGAAGCGUGACUGCGCUGAUUUUGGAUAUUCUAUUCUCAUGAAGAUUCGAACAAUUCAAGCCGCUUUUAUUAAAGGGGAUGGAAAAGUGCGAUUAGCAUCGAGCAUCAUGACGCUCAUGAUUGAUCAUCAAGGAAAUCUUUUUUGCGGUAGUCGACGAGUUGAGAUGUAGAAGUAGAGAGUAGUUCGUCCUUUCCAAGAACGAAAAUCAAGUUGAAGCAUGCUGUUUCUUGCCUAACGUGUACUACCAUAUAAACGGUGUAUGAUACGAAACAUCAGAUAAGUAUCGAGGAACAAUCAGGUGAGAUUGUUGAUUUUACUUUCGAAUUUCCGGUAUUGGGCUCGCGGCGUUGUUUUUCGGCGCGCUCUAUCUGUAAAUCAGCGUCGUUUUGUAAAGCUUUUGUAUGGUACCUUUAUUACGAUUACGAUAUGAUAAUACGAAUAUUAUGAUAUGUGGAACGUAACAAAGUAAAACACAAUGUCGAUUAAGACUUCUCGAUUACAUAAUGCGAUCGAAAAAUGAUAAUUCAUUACGACGAGAAUCUUCAUUUAGCUUUCGUGUAUGACAUUUUUUCAAGAACAACGAUUUAAUGAUACAAGUGCAGGGGCGAAGAGAUGAUUUUUUGAAGUUUCGUCUGUGUUGUUAAUGAAUACGAUAACAGUUUCUUGGAGCGUUGACGUUACAUGUCGACGAAACUCGUAAUUAACCGAAUAAAUCUCGAUAGAACAAUAGCAAUUAACGCACGCGUCGCAGGAGUCUUGUGAAUAAUAAAGAAACAAAUAAGUGUAUCAAGCAUUACUCACCCCUUCUCAUUGUUGCCAUAAUAGAUUAUAAAACAUUUCCAAUGUUUCCUAGUCAUUAUGGUUGUUAUAAAUCUUACUCAUAAAUGUGUUGAAAUAGAAUCGCGACUAUAAAUCUGCAGUAUGUUACUCGCACAAAUAUAUAUUAUAUAUAUGUUACGUUGCUAUUGGAGUUACCAUUACCAAUGCAUUACCACAUUAAUGUGAAAUAUAGCAAUUUAGAGGCAGCUAUCUCGAAACAGCCAUCUUUUAAAGCUGUAGCAAAGAUUAUCGACAAUGCUGGUAUUCGAGUUUCACGCCGCAGGGCGUCCUGUCUGUAUCUUUGAGAAAAUAGCCGAGAUAGCCGACCCAUAACGCGAGAGUACCGAGGUGUUAUAAAUAUUAAUGUGUAAUCGUCUCUCACGACACUGUGUACGUGCAAUGUUUUUUUCCAAUUAACGAUUAGGCGAUACGUAUAAAUGAAUCGCAUCGAUAACGAAAAGAAAAAAAAUACAAAAUAUUAAUCGUCAAUAAUAACUGCAGCAAUGAAUAACACAUGAGGUAUCCAUAAUACGCAUUAGAUACGGGGCAUCGUGUACUUCGAAGAUGCUCCGAUGUAGAACCUGUUACAUUAUUAUGUUUAAUGCGAUACAUAAGCUAAACUGUAAUAAUAAAAACGUAUAAGCGUAAAA